AUGUAAUCUGUAUUGGAUGCAGGAUAACAACACCUGGAUCAGAAGCAAGUUUAAUCAAAUCCAAACCAUUGAAGGGAACCAGAUCUUGUCAGAUACCAUCAGCACCGAACACAAUCUAUUUCCAGAAGAAAUCCGAAUCGGAGAAAGAAAACCUACAGCCGAAUUCAGUAGUGGAUGGAAAUGGAGCAGUGGUGCACAUUGAAUGUGGUGAUAGAGCAAGAGAGAGUACCUCUUGGCAAGGAGAGCAUUACAUGGUCUGCUAUGAUGGGCAGUGGUACCCACCCAAUAAUGUGUGCAUUAAGCUUUGUCCGGCCUUAAGUGAUCUGAAUCUGAACUCAGAGUUCAAAUGCACUCUAAAUGGUCAACCAGUAUCCUGUGAAGAGAACAUUGAGCCUCGCACUGUGGCCACGCGCAAAUGUAAAUCAGGCUAUGUGGACGAGUCUAAUCCUCCACCAAACAUAUGUGAAGAUAAUGGCGAAUGGAGCUUUGAUUAUGUCGACUGAUUCAAUGAUUGUGGUGAAAUCGACCAUGAUUAUCAUUCGAAUGAUACUGAACAUGAUGAUUUGGUUGCUUCUCCAUGGAAAGCUGGACUGUACAAGAUGAAGAACGACUCUGAGCAUUUUGAAUUUAUUUGUGGUGCCACAUUGGUGGCACCAGCAACUGUUGUGACAGCGGCCCGUUGUGUGAAAGAGAGUGAUGGAUCUCUAAUAAAUAGUGAUUUACUAAGAGUGGGAUUAGGAAAGAGUUACAUGCCUUGGAAUGACACUAACGAUAUACACGCUCAACAAUUCGAAGUAGCUUUUGUUACAAACGAAGGUUUACACGCCAUAUUGGCCGGUGAUAAAAUUUCAGAAUUAGAGAAAUCAUUGAAAUUCCUUGAACCUCUGUCGUUCGUAUUUUUGAAGGGGAGGAUAACCUUCAAUUCCUUUGUUCGUCCGAUAUGUAGCGAUUCUCAAGGAUUCAACAGCGAAAUAGAAUAUUUGAAUGCAACGUUAUGCGGUUGGGAUCGAAAUACAAACCAGACAUCAUACAACUCAAUAUUUUAUGAAAAUGAAGAAUGCAAAGCUCGGAUUUUCAAACUGAAAAAACAUGAUGCUGAGUUGGAGAAGGAGAUAAGAAAGUUUGGACGUUUCUGUACAGAUAGCUGUUACUUUGAGAUUCAUCUUCACUCUUUACGAUUCCCUGACUCCUCCCUCGCUCUGUUCCCAAGUGUUUUAUCUUCUGAAUCAAUAUCCUCAACACGCAUAUCAAAUGGAAAUGUAAUAAAAUCUAAACAUUCAACUAGGACAAAAUCAUGUCGGAUUCCAUCAGCACCGAACACAAUCUAUUUCGAGAAGAAAACUGAAUCGGAAAAAGAAAACCUACAGCCGAAUUCAGUAGUGGAUGGAAAUGGAGCAGUGGUGCACAUUGAGUGUGCUGAUGGAGCAAGAGAGAGUACCUCUUGGCAAGGAGAGCAUUACAUGGUCUGCUAUGAUGGGCAGUGGUACCCACCCAAUAAUGUGUGCAUUAAGCUCUGUCAAAUGUUCAAUCAUUCCAACUCUGUGUUCGAAUGCACUCUGGACGGUGAACCAGUGUCAUGUGAAGAGCACAUGCGACCACGCACCGUCGUCACGCGAACAUGUAAACCACGCUUCACCUUCCGAGACGUGUCAAAAACUCCGCCAACCAGUAUUUGCAAAGAUAAUGGAAAUUGGAGCCACACAUUUCUUGAUUGCUUUACUGAAUGUGGUAGUAUAGACCAUGAGUACCAAUCAAAUGAUACUGAGCUACUGAAUCUAGUAAAUUUUCCGUGGAAAGCUGGAGUUUAUAAGAAGAAGAGCGACUCCGACGAUUUUGAAUUCAUUUGUGGAGCUUCAUUGGUAGGAGCGCUAUUUCUUCUAUCAGCCGCCCGAUGUGUGAGAUACAGUAAUGGAACUCUAAUAAGUAAUGAUUUACUGAGAGUGGGAUUGGGAAAGAAAUACAUGCAAUGGAAUGAUCCUCGUGAUAUCCAUGCUCAAAUAUAUGAAGUGUCCAAAGCUACAAACCCUAUGAUUCAUGCAAAACUAGCUGGUCAUCAACUUACGGAUAGGAACAAAUCCCUAGAUUCUAUCGAACCUUGGUCGUUCAUAUUUCUGAAGAAAAAAGUAGAUCUUAAUUCCUUUGUUCGUCCAAUAUGUACUGUCACUACGAUGCGAUAUAGACUAUAUUUGAAUUAUACACUGAUGACGAGUCAAAUGGAAUAUUUGAAUGGAACGAUAUACGGUUGGGAUCAUGAUGGAAAUCAUUUAUCAUACGAUAUUAAACUAUAUACAAAUGAAUAUUGUAUAACUCUGAUAUCUAACUCUAAUUUGACAAACCGAGAUGAAUUGGAAAAUGAGAUGAUGAAGCUUGGACGUUUCUGUACCGACAGGUCUCUCCCGGAUACUUUCUAUGGCACUUCUGUUAUACACUACAAUGCAACAGGAGAUGUUUACAGCUUUGUUGGUAUUCUGAUUGGCAUUUAUGAUUCAAUUAGUGUUUUUCAAGGAGUGAUCGAUUUGGAUGCUACAUUUGCAGUUCUUGACUAUUACAAUAGUUUUAUGGCUCUAAUUGCACUAACCCGGAACCAUGGUAGUAUCUACUGAGCCAGAGAAAGCAAGAUUUAUUUUAGCUUAAAGCAUUUUUGGUAAAUUUAUUCAUUCAUGUAUUUAUUUUAUCAUUUUUGGUAAAUUUAUCGAUUCAUUUAUUCAACAUGAAUGUUAUUCAACUUAUUAAUUUAUAUAUUUUCAACUUAUAAUAUAGGUUCUCGUCUUUGAUUCUCAAACAUAGUAUUUUUUUGCAUUCAUUCAAUCAUCAACUUAUCAAUUCAUCAUAAAAAUCAUGAAUAAAAAUGUCAUUUACCUAGACCUAUGCUUUUUAAUAAUAUUUACUCUAGUAUUGGAUGUGGUAGAAGAAUAAAAUUUAUAUUUUAGAUUAUCUAUUUGAUGGAGGUGUAAAAAACAGACAUUUCUCCAAAACUUUUCUCAUUGUACGGUACAGUACUAUAUUAUGAGAUUUAUUUAUUAUCUAUUUAUUGAAAAAAAUCAUUACAUAACAGGUAGCCUACCGGUA